UCACUCAGUGUAAUGUACGAGUAAAUAAGGAAAUUACAGUAAAAACCAGUAUAAAACGUUGAAAACAACUUCGAAAAUUAAUAUAUUUGUUAUUUAUGUUUUUCUAUACAUACAUGAAUUCUGUAUCCAGACCUGCGAUAACUUUUUUAGCCGCUGGGCCAAAUCCAAUUAAUAGCAAGUACUUAAUAUAGAAUUUAUGCGAAGAAGAUGAAUAAUCUAUUAUUGAUUUUCCUGGUGAUCACUUUAAAAAGUGCUCUACCAAGUUAUGUAUACGAGACGAAAUAUUUCACAGUGCCGGUUGACCAUUUUAGUUUUACUAAAAAUGAUACAUUUAAGAUGAAAUAUCUGAUAAAUGAUUCCUACUGGGAUUCGUCCAAUGGACCAAUAUUUUUUUAUACCGGUAACGAAGGGGUGAUUGAAAUGUUUUGCAAUAGUACAGGUUUCAUGUGGGAGAUUGCUGAAGAGUUUAAAGCGCUUGUGGUAUUCGCCGAGCACAGGUACUACGGUGACUCCUUGCCGUAUGGGAAUGCUUCGUUCGACGACAAGCAGCAUAUAGGUUACUUAACGUCGCAACAAGCACUUGCCGACUACGUGGAUUUGAUUGAGCACUUAAGACCAAAAUCACAUGACAAACCACCCACGAUUGAUUAUGGCGAGUACGAUACUCAAACGGUGGACACAAGAUCCAAUCCGGUUAUCGUUUUUGGCGGAUCAUACGGGGGUAUACUGGCCGCUUGGUUAAGGAUGAAGUAUCCCGCUUCUGCCGAAGGGGCUAUUGCUUCGUCGGCUCCGAUAUGGCUUAUUGAAGGACUGACACCUUGCAACGCAUUCUACAGAGUGGCGUCAUCUGUCUAUAUGGCAACCAGCAAAGAGUGUGGUCAGACAAUUCGAUCUUCGUGGAAAGCCAUCGAUGACGUCACUACAACAGACAAAGGUAAAGAAUGGUUAUCAAAUCAAUGGAAACUCUGUUGGCCUUUAAAAAAUUCUACCGACGUUACAAAGCUAAAAAGUUGGGCUAAAAGAGCAUAUGAAAAUAUGGCUAUGGCGAAUUAUCCGUAUCCUGCCGAUUUUUUGAUGCCAUUGCCGGGAAAUCCUAUUAAGGAAUUUUGUAAGCCAUUAACAAAUUCUCAAAGCGACUGUUAUACACUUUUAUCAUCGGUCUUCGAGGGUUUGAAAGUGUACUUCAACUACACCGGUUCUUCCCAAUGUCUUGAUGUUCAUGGUACGGUUAAGCCUAGUAGAAAAGCAUUUUCUUACCAAAUUUGCACCGAGUUGAUGAUUCCCUUGUGUACUAACGGCAUCAAAGAUAUAUUUGAGAAGUCUCCGCAAAAUUAUACAGAAGACGCUGAUUAUUGUUAUAAAGAAUACGGCGUUUAUCCGGCAAUAGGUUUAGCCGAGAAGAUUUACGGCGGUAAACACCUCAUCGCAUCGUCAAACAUCAUAUUUAGUAAUGGCCUAUUGGAUCCUUGGUCUAGCGGUGGAGUGUUGCACGACAUUUCUAACACCGUACAAGCUGUCAUAAUGCCAGAUGCUGCACACCAUUUGGACUUGAGAGCGUCGAACGCCGAGGACCCUCAAUCGGUGACCGAAGCCAGGAAGUACUACAAAAAAACUAUUAAAAGAUGGGUUGACGGUUACCGCAAAAACAACUAAAUCUUGAUGCAAACCUCAUCAUCGAUUACUGGUCUGACAAAACAAAUAUUUUUUGUAUGUAUCUAUGACCGUAAGUCAUGAUUGCAGUAAAAUGUUUUUUUUU